UGAUACCCAAAAUCUCUUCUAACGCGUCUUACAUCUAUUAUCGAGCCUGAGAGCUAGCGAUUAUUGCCGCGAAUCUCCGUUCUGUAGGUCGCUGUGAUUGAGUGAGAGUCGAGAAGAACGCGCGGGUUACCUUUAGCUUUGAUUUGGGUUCUGUCUUUGCUGAUUUGUACGAUGUCGUGCUCCCGAAGGUCUAGGUAUUCCCGCUCCCCAUCAUACAAACGAUCGGUCUCAAGGUCCCUGUCGAGGUCAAGGAGCCGUUCAAGGAGCCCUUCAAGUGAUGUUGAAAAUCCUGGGAACAAUUUGUACGUCACUGGGUUGUCACCUAGAAUAACUAGACGAGAACUCGAGAAGCAUUUUUCUGCUGAGGGAACAGUGCUAGAUGUUCAUCUUGUGACCGAUCCAUUAACUAGAGAAUCUCGUGGAUUUGGAUUCAUUACCAUGUCUAGUAAUGAUGAGGCUGAUAAUUGCAUCAAAUAUCUAAAUCGAUCUGUACUUGAAGGUCGUAUAAUUACUGUGGAGAAGGCUCGAAGACGGAGAGGUAGAACUCCAACUCCGGGAAGAUAUCUUGGACUUAGAACAGUUCAUGUGAGGCGUAGGUCGCGUAGCUACUCUUCUCGGCGUUCUCCUAGCUACUCUCCAUAUAGGAGAAGCUCUAGCCGCUCUACUGAUUAUUCAUCGAACCGUAGCAGGAGUAGAUCCCAUUCCGUUGACCGGCACCGUAGAUCAUAUGGUUCCUCAUACAACUAUCGAUCAUACUCUUAUAGCCGGCGAAGAUAUGAUUCUCCAGACUGUAGACGUCAUAAGUCAUACUCUCGAUCCCGCUCACCGUAUCGUAGAAGGCAUCGUGACAGGUCAUACUCACCAUAUGAUGAUUAUUCCCCUGAUCCUUACUACAGAAGGCACAGGUAUCGGUCAGUUUCCCGAAGCCUUUCACCAAAGGCAAGGAUUUCUAGUAGACAUUAUUCCCGAAGUUACUCUCCUGAGCCUAGGAGAAGAACGUUGAGGAGGAGUUACUCUCGCAGCCUUUCUUGGGAAUCAAGGAGAAGUUAUUCACGAAGUAUUUCCCCUGAACGAAGCAGGAGAUCAUGGAGCAGCUAUUCAUACAGUGUUUCUCCUGAACGAAGCAGGAGCUCAAGGAGUCGAUCUCGUAGCAAUACCUCAAGACGACAUAGCUACAAGCUUUAUGAGAGCCGACGCAGGAGUCGAUCGAGAAGUCGAAGUGUGACUUCAAGGUCUGUUAGUCCUGCUUGAUUCACUGUUUGGAAUUUUUUAUGGGAAUCAAUCAGCUGCAGUUCAGUCAUUCUUUUGUAAACGACUAUGUAAAAACUGUCUCCGGCACUGCGGUGCCUUCGUUGUGGGGUAAAUACCUUUCCGUUUAUGAGGGAAAAGUAUGCCAGCGGGGAUAUUGGCUCUCUAACCAUCUUGAAGGAGCUGUUAAGUUCUUAAUAGGGGUGAAAAGUUCGGUUUAAUUUGUAAUUUUGAUUCGGACUCACUUGGGUUGGAAGUUGUGAUUGUGACUAUCUUAUAUGAAUUUUUAAGAUUCCGAACAUCUAUGGUUGGAGGUCUGGUUAACCUCAAUUUGGAAUUUUGUUUUUCUGUAA